ACUUGGAAAUCAUCAAGCUUUAGAAAAUGACUUGGAUAUGGACACUUCUUCUGCUGGGAUUCGUAACGGCUCAAGGACCAUCUGAUGAAAUUGCCGAAAUCGAUGCAGAAGUGACACAGAAACUAAAAAGUUUUUUGGAGAACUUCAGCGGUUACUGGAAGGAUAACACGGAGUUUCUCAACUGGAUUGCAAAAAUCCGUUUGGCAUUAAAUAAUAAUAGCACCGAUUUAGCAUAUAAGUUCGAGUUAAGAUAUGGCUUUGAAAGUUACAAUAAGGAACGUUUGAUUUUGGAGCAACAGAUCUUGGAUCGCGUAGAGGAUCUGGAUAGCAUUAUUCCCCAUCAAAAGCAUGCAAAAUGCUUGAAUUUCUAUGUUGAACAAAGAAAUGCUCUCAAAACGGCUCUUAAGCAAUCGAAUUCCAAGAAAAUCGAAAGAUUUGCCGAAAACUCGCCAUCUUGUCCAUACUAUUCUUUUGAUGCCAACGAAUUUCGAAAUAAUUUAACCAAUGAAGCACAAGGCAUUAAAACCUCCCUAUAAAAAUCAUGUAGUAUGUAUAAUCGGAUAUAUUGGUAAUUGAAUAUAUUUUGUGCAGAUAA